CUUCCGCUCGGUCUCCCCGAGAAGCGGAAGUAGGGCUCGCCUGGGCGGUGUCACGUGCCCCGCGGCGCCUCUGCCCGCUGCGGCUGCGCGGCUGGGCCGUAGAGGCGGCGCUGGCCUAGAGCGGCCUUGGCUAAUCUUUUGACUCCGGCUUCGACUCCAGUUUGGACUCGGUGCUGGGAGGGAGGAGGAGGAGAGAAGAUGGCGACGGCAGAGGGGACAGUGGACGGCAAAGAUGGCGGCGGCCGCCAGGGACCCCGGCGCCGGGGUUGCGAGCACUAUGACCGCGGAUGCCUCCUCAAGGCUCCUUGCUGUGGUAAACUUUACAUCUGCCGCUUAUGUCAUGAUAACAAUGAAGAUCAUCCCCUGGAUCGGUUUAAAGUAAAAAAAGUACAGUGUACAACGUGUGGAAACCUUCAGAAUGCUCAACAAACUUGUGAAGAAUGUGGCACUGUGUUUGGAGAAUAUUAUUGCAACAUAUGCCAUCUAUUCGACAAAGACAAGAAGCAAUACCAUUGUGAGAAGUGUGGGAUUUGUAGGAUUGGUCCAAAGGAAGAAUUUUUUCACUGUUUGAAAUGUAACCUCUGUCUAUCCUUGAGUCUUCGAGGACAUCACAAGUGCAUUGAGAACGUCUCGAGGCAGGAUUGUCCCAUAUGUCUGGAGGACAUCCACACGUCCCGGGUUGUUGCUCAUGUCUUGCCGUGUGGGCAUCUUCUACACAGAACAUGUUAUGAAGCAAUGUUAAAAGAAGGCUACAGGUGUCCAUUAUGUAUGCACUCUGCUCUAGAUAUGACUCGCUAUUGGCGACAAUUGGAUAAUGAAGUUGCACAAACUCCGAUGCCAACAGAAUAUCAGAAUAUGACUGUGGAAAUUCUCUGCAAUGAUUGCAGUGCCCGCUCUACAGUUCAGUUCCACAUAUUAGGAAUGAAGUGUAAGAGCUGUGAGUCGUAUAAUACUGCACAGGACGGCGGAUGUGGAAUUCCUCUGGAGCAGCAGUGACCAGCCUCUCUAUACUGCACCAGGGCUGCCUCGGGGCCUCACCAUUGUUUCUGAAAUAAGAGUCAUUCCUUAGUAUCCCGUUGCUAUGCUGUCACAAAUAGUUGUGUGGUGUUUGUGGUCGUGUCACAAUAUAAAACUCCUACUACAGGGACUCGGGGAUCAGGCUCUUAAUAAAAUUGUCAUAAUUGUUAUUCUUGUGUAAAAACUGAAGCUUCCCCAUUGAGUGAAAAUUCCUUCAAUGUUAUUUAGGAUCCAGAUGACCGUCUGCUUUGAAAUUGAUGUUCAUUAGAAUGUAUAAUUUCAUUGCAUUUCCUUUUACGCAAAACCUAUGCAUCCAGAAUCUAUAAAUAGUUCUUAAUAGAACUGUGCUUGACGUUAAAACUUUAUCUUAAGGGCUGUAUUGUAAGACUAGGGUUUAUUCUAUUUAAAUAAACUUUAGAAUUUUACAAAGCAGUCCCUUUUGAAUGCUAUAAAUGUGUAUUUUAGUGUAACAUCAAAUAAAAAAUUCUUGGCAUAGUGUCAUAGAAAGUUUCUCCAAGGUCAUUGCCUAGUUCAAAUUAAGUUUGGUUACAAAUAUAACACAGUGGUUAAUUCGCUUGUGUUCAUUUAUUCUUUAGAUUUCUCUUUUUAGUAACAGCUAGGAGAGAUAUAAAAUACAUAAUGCUGGAAGAUGCUAAAUUUAUUGACCUAAACUGGACUUCACUAUUGUUCUCUACAGCCUUUUUAAUCUAGCCUCAAUGGUUCCCUAACCCUAAUUUCCAGUAUCUAUUCUAAAACUUCAUUUCUUUUGCCUGAAAUCCCUUUUCUGCUACCCACGUUUAGAACAAAUGACCUAAGCUAUGACUUCACUGAAAUUGAGGUUAGCUAACUUUCAUUUCCUUAGUUCCCUUCUUUCAUACCUCAAAACAGUGUUUGCUCCUUUUCCACAGAAAUAUCCUUAUGCCUUUGAUCCCAUUCUUAUUUCCUCUGGGAUCCCCUUGCAUGCCUCUUCUCUCUCUUCUUGACUAUUGGCUCCUUCCAUUUGUAAACAUGCUGAGAUCUCCCAAAUUCUAAAGAAUACCUUACCAUAAUCAUUCCAGCUUUCAUUCCAAAUUUCAUAAAAAGUUGUCUAUGCAUGACACCACUUUCCUUAGCUAUUUGUAAUCUGACCUGCCCUCACUCCCACUCUGUCACCAGUGACCCAAGCACCAAACCCAAUGGACUUUUAUUCCUCAUACUCUCUUGUCACGGCUUAGCCAUACCCAUGGCUGUGUAGAUUGUCCUUCCAUAGUUUGAGAGGCACAAGGCCCUUGGUUCUCUAACGCCCUCAAAGCCCUCUUCUUUGUGUCUGCUCCAGCUGACUCCAGUAGUGUUCUCCAGGGCUGUGUCUGUUCUCAUUCAUCUCAUACACUCCUGCAGCUCUUUCAUAGAGGGAGAGUAGUUCUCUUCUGUUCAGACCUGAUGUUUGUUCUGAGCUCCAUCUCCAUCAAUGACUCCCUUUGUGUAUCUUACGAUGCCUGCUUUUAUCCUGCCUUAUCUCAAACUUGACAUGGUCAAAACUUUCUCUCAGAAUCCUGAUUUGCUACCGUCUGUGACAUCAUGAACCCAGGUUUCCUUCUUUUGAGGUCUUUUCAGUCUUCUCCCUCCCUUUCAGGUAAUCAAUAAGGCUUGUGGUGGUUGUUGGAGGGGAUGUGGGAAAGCUGGAAUGCUAAUCUACUGUUGGAGUGGUGAAUUGAUCCAACCAUUUUGGAGACUGAUUUGGAACUAUGACCAAAGGGCUAUAGAACUGUGCAUACCCUUUG